AUGGUCUCCUCACCUCCUCCUUCGGGCAUUUACGUCCCCGUCCCCACCUUCUUCGCAUCCCAGUCUGCAUCCAACUAUGACCCGGUCAACAAUCCUCUGGACCUUGAGACCCAGACCAAGCAUUCCUUGUUUCUCGUCAAAGCCGGGAUCCGUGGUCUGGUCAUCCUUGGAUCUACGGGCGAAGCCAUUCAUCUCACAAACGAGGAGCGCAACGAGCUCAUUAGCAGCCAGCGCAAGGAGCUCGACAAGGCCGGAUACAAAGACAGACCCAUCAUCGCCGGCACUGCAACACAAAAUGUCCAGGAGACUCUGAUUCAGCUCGAGGAUGCAAAGAAGGCCGGUGCCGAGUACGGCAUGGUCCUUACACCAGGCUACUUUGCGUCAGCUGCUAGCCAGCAAGGCAUUGAGAAAUGGUUUACCGCAGUGGCUGACAAGAGCCCUAUCCCGAUCAUGAUCUACCACUACCCUGGUGUGACAAACAACAUUGUCGUGGCACCUUCGACUUUCGAGCGUCUGGCCCAACACGCAAACAUUGUUGGAUGCAAACUAUCUCAUGGCGACAUCCCUGAUCAUACGCUGAUCGCAUCGAACCCUCGUAUUGACCCUUCACACUUCAAGGUCUUUUCAGGUCUUGGUCAGAACCUCCUUCCUGUACUUACAAUCGGUGGUCAAGGUGCCAUCGAUGGACUUGCAGGCAUCUUCCCUCGCGUUGUGGUCAAACUGUUCAACAUGUUUCAAGAGGGAGCAGACAACAAGAAGCUGCGUGAACUUCAAUACAAGAUCUGCGAGGGCGAGAGGCUGAUCGGAAGAUGGGGCACUGUUGGCAUUAAGGAGGCAAUUGCAAGAUGUUGGGGCAUGGGUGACAAGGAAGGAGCCAGGCUGCCGCUACAAGGAGGCUUCCAGGGCGGUGACCAAGAGUGGAGUAACUGGAGCAGUGUGUUCGAGGGACUGAAGCAAUUGGAACUGGAAAUCGAGAAGAGUGGUUAG